AUGAAGUCCUCAAUACGGCUGAACAACACCGUGCUCGUGCUAUCCUGCAUGGGCACCGGCCUCUUCCUCUGGCUCUUCCUCAGCCUCGGCCACGACUACGUCCCCUACACACGCCUCCCGGCCACCAAGGCCGUCGACACGACGGGCGCCUCUGCCACCACCGCCUCGUCCGCGCCAGACCAGACGCUCGUCGUCGAGACGCCGCCCGAGCCCGACCACAUCCCCAACGCGGCGCACUACGUCUACAUCCUCGCCAACGCCUCGUCCGACUUUUCCUUUUCCUUCUCCGAGGUGCUCUCCAUCUACGCCACCUCGCGCUACUGGCAGCCCGACGCCAUCUACCUGCACACCAACGCCCCCUCCGCGGCGCUCGUCCGCGCCCGGAGCGGCGCCGCCGGCAAGUGGACGCGGCUGCUCUUCCAGGUGCCCAACCUGCGCAUCGCCGCCGUCGAGGUGCCGACGCACGCGCACAACGGCAAGGAGAUUGCGCUCAUGGAGCACAAGUCCGACUUUGUGCGCGUGCAGGCGCUGCGCCGCCACGGCGGCGUGUACCUCGACUUUGACGUGCACCCGCUGCGCGACAUCGCGCCGCUGCGCGAGAGCGGCUUCCACGCCGUCGCGGGGCGGCAGCAGGGCGACAACGCCGAGAUCAACUCGGGCGUCUUCAUGAACAAGGCGCACAGCAGGAUGAUUGAGCUGUGGAGCGAGGGCAUGAACGAGGCCUUCACGGGCGAGUGGUCGGCGCACAGCAACGGCGCGCUCACGGCCGUCUGCGAGCGCCUGGUCUCGGAGCCGCGCGAGGUGCUCAUCAUGGAGCGCAACGCCUUCGCGCCGGGCAGCUGGAUGAAAGACGACACGAUCCGCCUGCUCGAGGUGCACGACGACGAGACGUCGAGCCUCGACAUGAUGGGGCCAGACGGCCACCUGCCGCAGUACGACGACGAGGAGCGCAUGACGCGGUGGCCGGUGCCCAAGCGGCGGCCCGGGUGGGCGCAGGACUGGUCCAGGACGUACAUGCUGCACGCCUUCAACCACAACCAGGGCGACUUUGAGAUUCCCGGCUUCGAGCGCAUCACCCCCCGGUACGUCCUGGAGCGGCGGAGCAACAUGGCCCGCGCCGUGUACCCCGUCGCGAGGGACCUCUUUGAGCAUGGCCUCAUUGACAUUGAGGACCCUUACAAGUUCCACGUCGAACCGGCUGUCGUUGAGGCAGAGCAUGUUGCUACAGACGAGGCAGAGUAG